CUCCUCCUCUCCUGUCAGGGUCGCGCACACGCAGCAGUGCAAUAUUAGAGACUACAAGCUAGCUUUCUGCACACAUAUUUCCCCACAGGUACAUCAUAACCUCACACAACUACACCUGUCCUCGUUGUUUCUCAACUGGACAUUGAUGCAUUUGCCUCAACGGUAACCGUAGCGGUCCCUCCGAUCGUUAUUGCUUUUAUUCCCUUCCCUCCCGCAUCCAAAGACUGAUCUACGCUACAAGAUGGCUGAGCUGAAUUUGGGGAAGGGGCUCACUGCAGGGAAAGUGGCCAGUAACGUGCAGAAAAAACUAACCAGAGCGCAAGAAAAGGUUCUGCAGAAACUUGGCAAAGCAGACGAGACCAAAGAUGUCGCUUUUGAAGAGGGAGUAAUCAACUUCAACAAACAAUAUACUGAAGGCAGCAAACUCCAGAGGGAUUUAAGGGCAUACCUCGAGGCUGUGAAAGCCAUGCAUGAGUCCUCUAAGAACCUUCAGGCAUGUCUAGCUGACAUGUAUGAGCAAGACUGGUAUGGCAAGAAUGAAGUGGACUCCAUUGUGGAGGAUUGUGAUGUGCUUUGGACUGAUUACCACCAGAAGCUGGUUGAUCAUGCUCUCAUCUCCAUGGAUACUUACCUGGGCCAGUUCCCUGAUAUUAAGGCUCGUAUAGCUAAAAGGGACAGGAAGCUGGUAGAUUACGACAGUGCCAGGCAUAACUAUGCCGUGACACACAAAACCAAGAAAAAGGACGGGGGCAUUAAAAUUACUAAGCCCUCAUCCUUGUUGGAAAGGGCCACUCCAGGAUGGGCUCAGGGUAUCCUGUCUGCACACAAUGUUGCCCAAAGUAGUCUUUCCAGGAGCCAGGCUGAGGAGGAGCUGGAAAGGGCCCAGAAGGUGUUUGAUGAGAUUAAUGCUGACUUGCAAGAAGAGCUGCCAUCACUUUGGAACAGUCGUGUUGGGUUUUAUGUCAGCACCUUCCAGAGUUUGGCUGGUUUUGAGGAGAAGUUUCACAAAGAAAUGAGUCGGUUGGAUCAGGAUAUGUAUGACAUCCUGGAGAAACUGGAGGAAACAGACACAACUAGCAAGACAGGUAUCUGCGGCGCCUCAUCAUCAGGAGCAAAUAGGAGUGGUAAAGAGGCAUCUAACCACACUCUCAGGCCAGGAGGACCACCCCCGAUCCCCAAAUCCCCAUCCAAGCUCAGACCAGCAGUGCCUCCUCCACCCAAGGUGACACCAUCUAAAGAGCUAAAAACAGAGAAUAUCAUCAACCUUUUUGAUGCUGCAGCUACUCCUGAUAUCAACGUCACCUCCCCUACAGAGUUUGACAGUCCUGCAGUGAGCAACCUGUUGGACAUGGACCUGGAUUCUUUCAGUGCAGCAACCAAAGCCUCCACGGUCACACAGCCUGCAAACUGGGACUCAUGGCCUGAGGACAGUGGUGGCCAAGAAGAAGCGACCACACAGCACUAUGACCCUGUGGCUGCUGCUACAGAGGCCUGGGGGGAUGAUGGUUCGCAGCCUGUCCACUAUGAUCCCAUCACAGCUGCUACAGAGGGCUGGGGGGAUGACGGAACCCAGCCAGUUCGCUAUGACCCUUUGGCUGCAGCUGAAGAGGGAUGGGGGGAUGAUGGAAACCAGCCGGUUGAUUAUGACACCGUAGCUGAAGCCCAAGAGGGCUGGGGCGAUGAGGAAAGCCAACCAGUUGCAGAGGUGCCUGCCACAGACUAUGAAACACCUGCAGAUGAGGCUCCAGCAGACGCAGUUGAGGAGGAAGCCCCCCCAGCUGCUGCUGUGUUGGAUAAUGAAGAGGGUCAGGGAGACUCUGCAGCUGCAGCAGCUGAACCAGCUACACCAACUGCACCGGCUGCACCAGUAGUGGAAGAAGCAGCAAAGGAGGAAGAGGAGACACCUGCAGUAGCAGCAGAAUCAACAGAAGUAGCAUCAGAAUCUGCAGAGAUGCCUCCUGGCUUUCUGUUCAAGGUCCAAGUGAUGCACGAUUAUGCUGCCAAUGACACAGAUGAACUGGAGAUGAAGGCCGGUGAUGUGGUGCUAGUAGUGACUUUUGACAACCCUGAAGAACAGGAUGAAGGCUGGCUGAUGGGAGUAAAGCAAGACGACUGGCAGCAAAACAAAGAAAACGGCACUAAAGGAGUAUUUCCCGAAAACUUUACCCAGAGGCUGUGAGGCUGCCUCUUAUCUACAAGAGGACAGGACCUCAGUCCGGCUCCUUCUUUAUGUUUCUCUUCCUCUUGCCCAUUUUCCCUUUCUUGCCCUGAUACUGUAUCUUUCCUAGGACUUUGGCCAUAAAAGCAGAGCUGUCACAGCCCUGGAUGAAAUCAUGCAUUUCUAAGGUCUGCUACACUGUGCUCAAAGUGGAUGUUGGCAUUUCUGUGGAUUUCUGCCAACAUUUACAAAUUACAGAUGUAGCCAUUUCACAGGUUUCACUUUCAGCAGUUUUUCGCUGCAAUUACCUGAUAUUUAAGGAAGUGAUUGGAGACUCGAGCUCAUACUGAAUAAAUGCAAGGAUGGUGAGCCCUGAAAUGGUUGCAGCUGAAAUGGCAUUAAAAUCUUUUAUCCUUGAUCACUCGUCAUCAUGCGAAAGAUGUCGACUGACAUGUUUUAAACUGGGAAUGAGAUAUCAAGGACCGUUUGUAGUUAGUAUGAUGUCAGGUGUAGCUGAGCGUCUUACACCCACAUCAAUCUAAAGAUGGAUUUUUUAAGAGAGUGUAAGGCUGAGCAAAAGGUAAAAACACUUCACUUUAGUAGAAACAGUCACUAAGCAGAUUAAAAUGCUGAAAAAAUCGAACCAACUCCUAGCUUGCAACUUCACUUUCCUUCUAACUUUGAACUCACAUGGUACUGAAACCUCAUCAGCCCAGCAGCAGAUCCUUAACUAGGACUGGAGUUCUCGGAUUAGUGAUCACACUCCUGAUAUGAUGCCAUUGGCACAAACUCCAUUGGAUAAAACCUGUCCUUUAUCCCUAUUUUAACUGUUUACUUAUAGAAGAUUGGCCCUUGGUUGUUGUAUUAGUUUAGACUCUGUGGUGGUAUAGGUAGUAUGAACCUGUUGUUAAAAUCCAAAUAAAUGCAUAUGUUGUUAACUGAUCAACAUAUUACUGGAUUUACAUUACUGGACAACAGUCAAGUAAACAAGGAAUCCAUAAUUAUGAUUUCUGGUCUGGGAGUCUCAUAUGGUAUUAAUGACUAAUUGAUCAAUUAUUUUUGACUGUUGUUUUUUUUUUUGUUUUUUUUUUACCUUAUCAAGCGAUUUCAAAUAUGCAUUAGCCUGGCUUGCUGAAAGCUAGCCUACAAAAUACAGAAACAAGAAACUGCUACUGGUAGUAUAAUAGUUUAUAGAUAUGGCAACACCCUUAUACUAAUCAAAUAUGUAAUAACUGAGCCAGCCUCAUUAACUAAAUAAAUAAAUAAAUGUGCCGAAAACAGUUCCCUCUGUUUGCAAAGAGACUAUUUAACUCACAUGCAGAUGAUUAUGAAUAUGCACCAGAGCAACUUCUUUUAUUUUUAUAUGCUGCCAAGCAAUGAUUACAUAUAGCCUAAUGUAACUAUGUCAUCAGAAUUGCCAACUGAGGAUGUUAUGGAGUGUUUUGUACUUCUGUAAGGUUUACUGCUCUCGACGUAGCCGCGUAGGUAGUUAAAACUAUCUCACAUUCAGUCAUUCAUUCAGUCACUGAAUUAACAGCGAUUCUCAUGAUGUUAUUAACAUGUAAUAAGUCUGAGAGAAAAUGUACGUGUGUACGAUUGUAUGUGUGUGUGUUUAUGAGUUGUUUGAGAUCAGAAAUCUUUAUCUAUAGGCUAUUGUUAUUGGAUGAUACCACCGCCACAACCUACCAGGGGAAGUUUUUCUGACCGGACAAGGGCAACUCAAAUGUAUUUGGGCCUUUUUCCACUGGCUGGUAUUACGGUUCCAGGUGUUAUUGUGCAUUUGUUGUGUAUAAGUGUAAUUUUACCAAGCUGUGAUGACAGAUACAUAUUCUAUAAAGACAUUCAUAUUG